AUGACAUCAAACGGCUCUUCAGAGGACACAAGAGCUAGCUUAUCCAACUCCAAUAGUUAUGAGAAACAAGUAGAUCCAGAGGAAGAGCUAUUCCCACCCAAGGAAGUUCUCAAUGAUCAUGACCCAAAUACUGAUGCUGGUUACGCGUGGGUUGUAUGUGCAGCAUGUGUGCUUUUCAAUUUCUGUACGUGGGGAAUGAAUUCAGGUUUUGCCAUUUACUUUGCAUAUUAUUUGAAGCAUCAAACGUAUGACGGAGCAGACAAACUAGACUACAGUUAUAUUGGGGGUAUUGCUUUUGGGGUUGGACUUGCCUUUUCACCAUUGAUUACAGUGUGCAUGGGAAUAUUUGGGUUCAAACCGGUUUUAAUCGUGGGGAAUUGUCUUCAAUUUACAGCCUUGAUGUUGGCAAGUUGGUCAACCAAACUUUGGCAAUUGUAUUUAACACAAGGCUUGAUGCAAAGUUUUGGUCUAGCAUUUCUUUCAAUUCCGUCAAUUACACUACUACCUCAAUGGUUCAAAAAGAGGAGAGUUUUAGCGGGUGGAAUUGCUUCAGCAGGUUCGGGUAUGGGAGGUGUAGUUUUCAAUUUGGGUAUGCAAAAAGUUGUUGAUCAUUCCGGUGUACAUUGGGCGUUGCGAGCUCAAAGUAUUAUUGGGUUUGGAUUAACGUGGAUUGCAAUAUUUGCCGCUAAAAGUAAAGCGUCGAAGCAUAAUAUCGAAUUUAAAUUCAUUGAUUCAACAGUGUUUAGAUCUGCCGGUUUCUAUUUGGUUUUGUUUUUUGUAUUGACUUGUAUAUUUGGGUACGUUAUUGUGUUGUACACAUUGGCUAAUUUUACUCAGAGUCUAGGUUACAGUGAACACCAGGGCGCUAUAGUAUCUGCCAUGGUGCAAGUGGGAUCAUUUUUUGGUAGACCAGUUAUUGGUUAUUUGUCGGACAAGCUUGGAGCUGCGUCAGUGGCCACGGUGGCGUAUUAUAUUGUUGGCAUUUUCUGCUUGGCAAUGUGGAUACCCGCACGAAAUUAUGCCACUGUUGUGGUGUUUGCUCUUAUUGAAGGUGGGCUCAUGGGAAGUAUAUACGCCAUCAUUGCACCACUCAUGGCACAAAUGUUUGGAAUAAGGAAAAUGAAUAUUGUUUUUGGCAAAGUUUGGUGUAUCAUGGGGGUGGCUGGUGUGUUUUCGCCCGUCAUUGGUGUGAAGCUUGUGCGUGGUAGUGGUGCUAAUGUUGACCCAACAAGUUACCGAAACUGUUCCAUCUUUACUGGCGUCAUGUUUGUAGCAUGUGCAACAACAAUGCUAAUAAUCAGAGGCUAUCUAAAAGCUAGAGACGAGAUUAUAAAUAAGGAUGGAUUGGCAGAUUCGGAUCAUGUUGAUACCACUCAAGUUACAGUACCAUUCUUGUCAGUGUUUACGCAUUUAUUUACCAUUGGAGGAGGAAAAGCAUAA